UCCCGACCCUCCCCCCUCCCCCGCUCCCUUUCUUUAUAUGGAUCCGGAGAUCCGGAGCUCUUCGUUUCGCUCAUCGUCGCCCUCGCCACGCCUCGGAUCCCCUUAGAUUCGCCCCACUCCAACCUCGCCCUCGUCGAUCUCUUCUCCAGGUCUCCUUUAUUGUCUGCAUAAACAAUGGCUACAGGGCAGCUUUUCUCUCGAAACACUCAAGCAUUGUUCUACAAUUAUAAGCAACUACCUAUUCAGAGAAUGCUCGACUUUGACUUUCUCUGUGGGAGAGAAACACCUUCUGUUGCUGGAAUCAUCAAUCCUGGUUCUGAGGGGUUUCAAAAACUCUUUUUUGGGCAGGAAGAAAUUGCCAUUCCAGUUCAUUCAGCCAUUGAAGCUGCUUGCAGUGCACAUCCAACUGCUGAUGUUUUCAUCAAUUUUGCAUCGUUUCGGAGUGCUGCUGCCUCUUCUAUGGCCGCUUUGAAGCAGCCAACGAUCAGAGUAGUAGCUAUUAUAGCUGAAGGUGUUCCUGAAUCAGACACAAAACAGUUGAUUGCUUAUGCACGGGCUAAUAACAAGGUUAUUAUUGGACCUGCCACUGUUGGGGGCAUUCAAGCUGGAGCCUUUAAGAUUGGUGACACUGCUGGAACAAUUGACAAUAUAAUCAGUUGCAAACUUUAUAGACCAGGAUCUGUUGGAUUUGUGUCGAAAUCGGGAGGCAUGUCAAAUGAGCUUUACAACACAAUUGCACGUGUGACAGAUGGAAUCUAUGAAGGCAUUGCAAUUGGAGGAGAUGUUUUUCCGGGCUCAACUCUUUCAGACCAUGUUCUGCGCUUUAAUAAUAUACCCCAGGUCAAGAUGAUGGUCGUACUGGGAGAACUGGGUGGGAGGGAUGAGUACUCCCUAGUUGAGGCCUUAAAAGAAGGAAAGGUCCAUAAACCAGUUGUUGCUUGGGUUAGUGGGACCUGCGCACGGCUCUUCAAAUCAGAAGUGCAGUUUGGUCAUGCUGGUGCCAAGAGUGGUGGUGAGAUGGAAUCAGCUCAAGCUAAAAAUGAGGCUUUAAGGGAAGCUGGAGCAGUUGUUCCCACUUCGUAUGAAGCUUUAGAGGCUGCGAUCAAAGAGACUUUUGAGAAACUAGCUGAGGAAGGAAAGAUUACUCCUGUACCUGAAGUAACACCACCUCAAAUUCCUGAGGAUCUUAAAACCGCAAUUAAAAGCGGGAAGGUCCGAGCUCCAACACAUAUUAUCUCCACCAUAUCUGAUGACAGAGGUGAGGAACCAUGUUAUGCUGGUGUUCCCAUGUCUACAAUAAUAGAACGGGGUUAUGGUGUUGGUGAUGUUAUUUCUCUUUUGUGGUUCAAACGUAGCCUUCCCCGUUAUUGCACGCAAUUCAUUGAGAUUUGCAUUAUGCUGUGUGCUGAUCAUGGUCCUUGCGUCUCGGGUGCUCAUAAUUCUAUCGUCACAGCAAGAGCUGGAAAGGACCUAGUUUCCAGCCUGGUGUCAGGAUUGCUUACAAUUGGUCCUCGAUUUGGCGGUGCAAUUGAUGAUGCUGCCCGAUACUUCAAGGAUGCCUAUGACAGAGGUCUCACUCCUUAUGAGUUCGUCGAAGGUAUGAAAAAGAAGGGCAUCCGUGUACCAGGAAUUGGGCACAGGAUUAAGAGUAGAGACAACAGAGAUAAAAGAGUGCAGCUUCUACAGCAAUAUGCACACACUCAUUUCCCUUCAGUAAAGUACAUGGAGUAUGCUGUUAAAGUCGAGACCUACACUCUCUCAAAGGCAAACAACUUGGUUUUGAAUGUUGAUGGUGCAAUUGGCUCACUCUUCUUAGAUCUUCUUGCUGGAAGCGGGAUGUUCACCAAGCAAGAGAUCGAUGAGAUUGUUGAGAUUGGAUACCUGAAUGGGCUCUUUGUUCUUGCACGUUCCAUUGGACUGAUCGGGCACACUUUUGACCAGAAGAGACUAAAACAGCCGCUCUACCGUCAUCCAUGGGAAGAUGUUCUCUACACAAAAUAAAUUGGCUUCCUCUGCGCAAUUCUGUGCCACACCGUUAUCUAACCGUUCUAUUUUGUUCCCUGCAUUGCUCUUUCAUUCUUCUUCGGGCUUCAAAAUUACAUAGUUUCCGACCUCUCUUUUAGUUCCGUGGGAUCGAUGUGCUCAUUAAUAUUUCAUGUAUGUCUUGAUUUAAAAUUCAAUUCGUAUUCCAAACACUGCGAGUAGUUGUUUAGAAUCUGCAAAAUGAUGUUACCAAAAAUUUUGAAUUUGAUUUUCAUUUGUUAUGGAC